AUGGCGACUGAGACGCUCAUGGCUCCCACGACAGCGAUAAACGACUCCCAAUCUUAUAACUUCCCCAUCGAUGACAGGCUUCAUCAGAACAGCGGUAAUAAAAUGAACCCGGAAGCAGCGAACCGCAUGCCGACGAAAAAUGAAACUGAACAAGCUGGUUCCGACGACUGUUUCUCGCAAAUAACAAAGAACGAGAAGCCCAACCACCUGGGAUACUUGAAAAACUUUCGGGUGAACCAAUGUCCUCUUUUCCUGCAACACAAGUGCACACAGCAUCGCCCGUUUACCUGCUUCAACUGGCAUUUCCAGAAUCAACGGAGAAGACGACCAAUUCAGCGCGCUGACAAGCCGUUCAACUAUUCCCCAGAUAUUUACUGUAAUAAAUACGACGAAACAACAGGAACGUGUGUUGAUGGAGACAGUUGUGCGUAUCUUCACCGGGUAACUGGCGAUACUGAACGAAGAUAUCACCUCCGCUAUUACAAGACAGCUGCGUGUAUUCAUGAAACGGACGAAAAUGGACAUUGUGAGAAAAACGGUCCCCAUUGUGCUUUCGGACAUGGCGCUGAUGACCUUCGAAGCCCCACUUUCGAUGCUUCUUGUGGAAUUGAGGUUUCGUCUAAAGGCGAUCUCCAAGAAAAACUUUCUUUGGAUGACAACAAGUGGAAUAAUGCUGAUUUCGUCCUGAGCAAUUACAAAACGGACACUUGUAAACGCCCGCCGCGCCUCUGCCGUCAAGGAUACGCCUGUCCACAUUUCCAUAAUCCUAAAGAUCGAAGACGAAAUCCCAAAAAAUUCAAAUAUCGAUCGACGCCAUGUCCUGCAGUGAAAAAAGUGGGAGAUGAUUGGCAAGAUCCAGCGAAAUGCGAGAAAGGGGACAGUUGUUGUAUGUGUCACACGCGUACUGAGCAGCAGUUUCAUCCGGACAUUUACAAGUCGACUAAGUGCCACGAUAUGCAACAAACAGGCUAUUGUCCCAGAGGCCCAUUUUGUGCUUUCGCGCAUGUGGAACAGCUUGAUGAAGACGGCGAAAUCGGAGGCCAGGGCAAGAUGAGAAUUCGAACAUCUUCGGACGCUCAAUUUGAACUUGCAAGACAACGCAGACGAGAUCAGCUAGAAGCGCGAAACAUGCGCCACUCUGUCUCCGGUUCGGAGGGAGGAAGAGGAAGAACACAGUCUUUCUCUAAUUUCCGGAACAAUGGAGACGGAAGUUUAAAGACAGCGAAAGUAUCAAAUUGGGGAAGAACUUCGCAAGAAAUACCGAGGCCGCAAAGACAGGCAGAAACAAAUCAGCCUUCGAUAGAUAUUCCUCAGCCUAAGAUUUGGAAUAACAACUCUGGAAUUACUGCUCAGUCGCCAAGUUCACCUUCUGUGGCCUCUAACAGCCCUAAAUUUGAGUCUCCACGUAGACGGGAUGCUCAUGAAGAUCACAAGAGCUCUAGAUGGCCUCCACAUCCUGAAGAUGAGGAGAAAACGAGAGAGUCUGACCCAUGGAGUCCAGAUGUUUUUAGAGAGAUAACCGACAUCAACGAGUUCCAUAAUGAAACGCAGGAAGAGGAAGCGAAAUCUGGCUACUUUGGUCCCGCGCAACCGCACGAGACGGCGCUCGUAGAUGAGUUCUCGCGAAGAAGAACCCAGAGCGCAAAUUACUCAUUCAAUGAAGGCAACAUCUGGAGGAAAGAUUCGCCUCCAUCGCGGAGCUUCAAUGACUGGACCAACUUCAGCAAUAAUUUACGUGGCGUCGCGGGCUCAAACGGCAUCGGUUCGUCCUCUCCGAUUUCAAUUCAGAACUCGCUGAACAGUCAGAACUCUAUCACAACAGCUAUUCGAAAUUCUGUGCUCCAAGGGAACGAUGGCUCCAGCCACAGUCGUAGUUUCAAUGAGGAAUUGCUUCAGCAAGAGAACAUGAAGCUCAAGAAAGAUCUUUACAACGCGGAAAAUGCUUACAGACAGCUGGAGAAAAACGCCCGUCGACAAUCUGAUUUCUACAAGAGCGAAUACGACAAGGCGAGGAAGCAUAUCAUGGAUCAGAGUAGAGAGCUUGAUCAGCUUCGCGAAGCUAUGCGCAACGUAGCGGCGGGCCGGGUGAUCGCCGAGAUCCGUAACGCGCAGAGAACUGAGUACAGGAAAAGCACGAAAGUGGACGCAUGGAAAAGAAAAAACCCAGAUAUUGUUCGUGGGAAGGAGAAAGAGCGACGUGAGCGUCUGACAAAAGCUUUUCUCAACAUGCAAGGUCUUUUGCCAAUUUCUUACCUCGAGACGUGCAUAGCAAAGAUCAAGGUUGGCACUCCUGGUGUCCAGAAGAAUAUAAACAAAGACCUGAAAACGUGGAAAAUACCGAAUUAUCUGUUGUGCGAGAUGGUGAUCGAGUACUUGCAAGCUGUAACACAAGAAUUGACGAAACUAAAACAAGUGUCUACUACUUCGUCUUCGACGCAAACUAUCACAUACAAAACAGAUAGAGACGUCCAAGUGAAACCGACUUGUGUAUCGUCUAUUACGCAGACUGAUGUCUACCCAAAGAGCGUAGAGUGCCAGACAGCCUCGCUUGACUCUCCUUCGAAGUCGUCCAAACAGUUCAACAUCAAUCAUCUGAUAUCAGAAGCUUCCUGUCGCAAAGGACUUACAGUAGCGCGACCCUGGGACAUGAACAUUCAUAAAUCGCCUAUCAAAUCUACCGUCAAGAAGAAGCUCUUCUCGCCAGCUGUGGAUAUGAGUGGAGCGGCGGAAACAAACAAAACUCAACGGGCUCAUAAGAGCGUUCCAAAGCAACCGAAAUCACGAGAAAGAAAGCGAGAUGCUUCAUCGUGGGACACGCGGCCUGUCUCAAAAUAUCAGAAGCCCUCGAACAAGAACUCCGCUGGAUUUGAUUCAACCUUUUCGAUCGACUCACUGACGAAUCCGUACAUUCAUCAGCUCAACGAAUUUCCAGUUACGCCUAUUCCGGCCACAAAUUACUUUUCCAAUGAAAAAAGUCAGCAGCAGUCGCGAAAGCAUAUGCCUGCUCCUAUCUAUAGUCAGCCCAGCGCGCAAUCAUUCUCGAACAACUUCCAGAUGGGCGAAGCUCCUCUUGAUUGCCUCAGUUGGCCGAUUUCAGAAUGGGGCGUUAAUCAACCAGGCCAGAAUUGGGCGGAUCCAAACUUCUUCUACGCUUUACAAUUGGACUACAACGAGUCUAAUUCCAACAUGUCCAUGCAUCCAAAUACCUCCAACAUUCCUCACAAUAUUAGCCAUAUUCUAAACAAUUAA